GCUAAGAUGGCGGCCAAGGGCUCGCACUCGCACGUGAAGCUGGAGGCGGAGAUCGAGCGGUGCCGGGCGGAGGGGCACUGGGAACGGCUCCGCCACCUCGCACAGCAGCUGCUGCCGCCGCGGCCCCCGCGCAAGGCGAAGGCGGCGAGGGGCGCGCAGGACGCGGAGGACCAUGGGAGUUUGCUGCUUGCAGAGGCUCUGCUGGAGGAAUGUUUGAAGGAAAACUUUACCAAACUGAAGGACUCCAUUCCACUGUCAGAGAAGAAUGAGCCCAAACUGAGUGAAGCUAAACAGUAUCUCACCAAUAUCUUAAGCAGAGGGAAACUAAGACCAAAGUAUAUGACAGAAGCUAUGCUGAUCCUAGGAAAGCUUCAUUAUGUGGAGGGAUGCUACAGAGAUGCCAUCAGCAUGUAUGCAAAAGCAGGAAUUGAUGACCUUUCAACCAAAGAUGAACCUCUGUAUGUGCUGCGUUUGUUAACUGAAGCCUUUGUUAUUAAAGGUUUGUCACUGGAGCGCUCAACCAACUCAAUUGCCUCACGUGCUCGACUGUGUGAAAGGGAGGAGGAAGUCAUGGCUUGUUUUGAGAGAGCAUGUGUUAUUGCCCAGGUAUACUUGCAGGAGCUUGAGAAGACCUUAAACAACACACAUUCAAGGAGUAUCAAGGGCAGCAAUGUGACUUACUCUGAGUUUGAACUUUCCUAUUUUCUGGAAGCAGCUCUACAGAGUGCCUACGUGACUCAGUUAAAGAAAGGAAAUAUUGUGAAAGGAAUGAGGAGUCUGCGAGAAAUACUACGGACUGUAGAAACAAAAGCUACUCAGACCUUCAAAAUGACUGCAGCCAAACAGUUAGCCCAAGUACUUCUCCAUUCCCUCAGUGAAGACUGUUACUGGAGCCCUUUAGCUGAUCCGCUUCCUGAGUUCAUGAACAAGGAAUAUCAGUCUUAUGUUAGCAAUCUUCUUUGUCGGAGGCCUGAGCUGUACUCAGAAGAGAAUGUGUACUGCCCUCAAGACAACGUAGAAGAGGCUCUUCUCCUCCUCUUAAUCGGUGAAUCCAUGGCGAACCGGGACGCAGUGAUCAGCCGAGCCCCAGAGCAGCAGGAUGACCGAGCUGUCAGCCUCCAGGAUGCCUCUGCAGUCUACGACCUCCUCAGCAUCACACUGGGCAGAAGAGGGCAGUAUGUGAUGCUGUCUGAGUGCCUGGAGAGAGCCAUGAAGUUUGCAUUUGAUGAAUUUCACCUCUGGUACCAGCUUGCCCUGUCCAUGGUAGCUUGUGGAAAGUCGGCAUAUGCUGUGUCAGUGCUCAGAGAGUGUGCUAAACUGCGACCUACAGAUCCCACCGUUCCUCUUCUGGCUGCCAAGGUCUGCAUUGGGUCACUGCACUGGCUGGAAGAAGGAGAACACUUUGCUAAAAUGGUGAUAGACCUGGGUGAGAAUGCUGGAGAGUCCCUAGCAAAGGGUUACCUGGCACUGGGCCUGACGUACAGCCUUCAAGCUACUGAUGCUACUUUAAAGAGCACUCAGGAUGAAUUAAACAAGAAAGCGCUUCAGACUUUGGAGAGAGCACGUGACUUGGCCCCUGAAGAUCACCAGAUCAUCCUCUACCUGUCACUGCAGCUGGCUCUUGUCAGACAGAUUUCAGAUGCUAUAGACCAUCUUCAAGAAGCCCUGCAACUGUGCAAAGAUGACAUGAAUUCACUUCAUCUACUGGCCCUCCUCUUUUCAGCUCAGAAGCACUAUCAGCAUGCACUGGAUGUUAUCAACAUGGCUGUUGUUGAAUACCCAGAAAACUUUAGCUUACUCUUCACCAAAGUAAAACUGGAAUGGAUACAUAAAGGACCUGAAGAGGCUCUGGUGACAUGCAGACAUAUGUUGCAGAUGUGGCAGAUGGUAUACAGUGUUUUACAGCACAGUGGUUCUGAGAAAGAAAGCAGUGUGACUGAAACACCAGUAAUCAAAAAAUAUAAUGGACUGCAUCUCACUCUCCCAGAUGCUCAUGACACUGAUUCUGGAUCACAACGAGCCUCUUCCCUUGCUGCAUCAAGACUGGAACAGGCCAUGUCUGAAAUAACUAUGCAGAGUAGCACAAUGAAGCAGGGACCUGUGAAACUGUGGACAACUCUUGAACAAAUUUGGCUACAAGCUGCUGAACUCUUCUUGGAACAGCAACAUCUCAAAGAAGCGAGCUUUUGUACCCAGGAGGCAGCUAGUCUUUUCCCCACAUCUCAUGCUGUACUGUACAUGCGUGGGAGGCUUGCAGAAAUGAAAGGCAAUUUGGAGGAGGCUAAGCAAUUGUAUGAUGAAGCACUCACAGUGAAUCCAGCUGGAGUGGAAAUUAUGCACAGCCUGAUUUCACGGCUAAUUGUGAAGAAAACCAUUUUUGGAAUGCCUGGGCAGUACAAGCGUGAAUCACAGCAGCAAGCCAUUGCUUCUGUCUCCCAACAUGUAUCAUGGAACUAUUUUCUUCCAUCCCUUUUGUAGUACAGUACAUUCUACAUUAUGAAUCAUUUUCAUGCAAAAAUAGAAACAAGUGAUGACUAUGUUCAUUUCACAACAGAGAAGAAAGAACUGGCAUCCCACAAUUAAACUGCCAGGUUUAGUGUCAUUGUAACCAAUUGCUGCACACAUGGCCUUGAGUGUCAGCUGUAGAGAGGUUCAGACCCCUAACACAUGUUUCCUAACAAAAUAUGAUUUUUUGGAAAGUCAAAUUCUGGUCCUUGGGGAAGAUCCAAAAUAACACAUUGAUAUUUAGUGCCAUUUUGGAUGUUGUAACACUGAUAAUGCCAUACCUAAAACCAAAAUGAAAUGUUGCUGCUCACAGCACAGAGCUAGGUGCCUAUCAUCCCUGUGAAGGGAAUGAGGAGAACAAAGCACCUGGGAAUUGGAUGUACAGUCCACAUGUUCUGGGGUGUGGAAGGUGAGAUGCUUUGUCCAGGCACUUUGUUCAUCUCUCCCAUCAAUCCUACCCAUGUCACACACUGGUGCUCCCAGACAGGAGCCACUUGGAGCCAGGAGUAUAGUUCUCAGGAGUAAAGGCCAGACCUGACCUAGUAAUCCAGCUGGGAGGCUGGGAAUAUUAACUCAUGCUUAUUGCCCUCCUAACAUGGCUGCUUGGGUUCUCUCCAGUCUGGAGCACGCACCUGCUUGGGAUGUGGGCAGAGAAAACCUAAGGCUUCCUGCAGAAGAUCAUGUAGGUAUUCCCUGAAGUGCCUAGCUUGGACUGCAACAGAUGUCCAUUUUGUGAAGCGUAGUAAUGACUGGAGACACUGCCAUUUUCCAGCUGCUCAGCAUGGCACAACAUCUAGCUCUGCUGGAAGAAGAGACUGCAGUCACAUCUACAUUUUUAAUCCAGCAAAUUCAGCCAGGUAAACUGACAACACCAGCUUUUAAAUCUCAGAUUCCCUCUCUUCUCUAACACUCCAGUGGUAAGGUAACUUGAGCAUUCUUCAAUGAGAAUACAUCGAGCUGCAGGUUCAAAAGCCCUUUUUUUUUUUUUUUUUCUUCUUUUUUUCUUUACUGGGAAGAGUGCGACUAGAGAGCUAUUCAGUGGGGUGCCAAACCCACAGAUAGGAACUGUAAUUACACUGGUUGGUAUUGCCUGUGCAGUGAUAGCUGACAAUUUAAUAAACAACAUAUCCAAUAUAUUGAAUGAAGUAGUAAAAUGGAACUGCAGUGGCCUUGAGCUUGAUCUCUUGCAGUAAAUCAGGAAUUGUAUUACAGAGGCCAGAGAAGUCAUGCUACCACUGAAGCGAUUAGAGUUGGCCUCAAUACUGAAAGGACUGAAGGCAUUUUAAAUUUUAUGGAAUUGCAAUUUAAGCAAGAAGGAAAUUUUACAGAUUUUUUUCUGCCACAUGGACAUGAUACGCAUCCAUUGUACUCACUCCUGUUUUCAGCAGCAGAAAUAUUCAUCCUUUGGCUCAUCUACAAUCUGAAUUUAUCUUAGCCACACCACCAAAACACAUGUCCUUGUAAAUCUGGCAGAUACUCUUAGUUCUUUUAAACCCUUAGAAGGGAAGAAAUAAAAUACUGUUUAUCUUGUCUGUUUUUCAGAAGAUAGUUAACAUAUAUUGCUUUUCACUAUGUACACCAGAAAUGACCUUCAAGAUUGAACAGUCACAAAAAGAAAGCUAAGAUGUUUUAGUAGCCAUCUGAAGAUAUUUUGGCUGUAAAUUCCAUAAACAUGAGCUGAUGAGUUGCUUUUUUUUUUGGGAGCCAUCUCAUUGCAAUUAAAAAGACAAUUCCUGCAACACAGUUCUUUGCAAGCUGGGCUUAAAAGACCAAAGCCUUGGUGUGCCACAGAGCCACCAAAAAAAAGCCACAAAAAAAAAGCCACAGGUCUAAGUCAUGGGGAUAACAGGACCUGCCACAUCUGCUGAGAUGAAGCUGCUGUUAAUUGUCAGGGUAUUAAUAAAUGAGGUUGUCACAUCUUUUUUCAACAAUUGAAGGAGUUACUAACACCAUAUUUGUGGUGGCCAUGCUCACAGUGAAGCCCAGAGACUGUACUCAGUGCCUCAACAGCUUCAGUCUGAAGUCUGUUGGUUUAGGCAGAAUUUCACUUUGCCUGCACAUUAAAGGAAGAAGCAGACUGUUGCAAUAAAGCAGCUGGGGUGGGGCACACCUUCUGUUCUGCUGUGGAAAGGGGCAACUUCCAAGACAGUCAGUAACUGGGGCAGGUAACUUCAUAGGCCACCACAGAGACAUUCACUGGAUCUCAUUUAGCAGUGCCUCUAGUCUCUAGCAAGUUCGAGUUUAUUUAAAUAAGGCAGCCCCACAUAGCUCUCCAGAUUGCCAGCUCAGCUAGUGCUAAGCUGAUUUGAAUUACUUCUCAUGUGCUCAGGUCACACAUAGAGCUCCUACGCCUCAGCAAACACACUGCAAUUUAUGUACAUGUUUUGCAUUUCAGAUGUCCAUACAUAUUUUAUUAGUGGAAAUAUUCAUUUGCAUAGUACUUACUGAAGUAAAUUUUUGAGGUCCUCAGGACUGCAGAACAAAACAAACCACCUGGACUGAAAAAGAAAUAAUUAUGGUGAGUUAAGGCACUGUUGACAUGGUUUCUGUUUUAUCAAUAUCUACCAGUUUUUACUUCAAAAUAUGAGUACACUCAGGCAGUGUAGCCAAAUUUACUGUAAAAUGAAGGACCCAUGUACAUGACAGGGCACAAACAAGCUAGAGUCUUUUCCUUCAAAAUGGAUUCUAGAUAGCUCUGGUCUGAAAAGAUCUGUAUCCACAGUGAUAUCUACCAGGGCUUUGUGUCUGCAGAAUUAUUUUCCAGAUACUGAAUGAGGACAGCCUCUAAAGUAAAUUAGUAUUUAUAUGCCAGUUCAGCAAAGCUCGUGCUUGCCUUUUAGCACAGGCUUCACCUCUUAUAGUCAAGUUAAUCACACACCUAAUUGCUUUAUUAAAUGGGGAAGAAAUGAAGCAUAUCCUUAAGAGCAUACUGUAUCAGGACCUACCCCACAGAUGGUCAAGACUGAGGGCUUGAUCCAGAUACCACUGAAAUCAAAAGUAGAUUUCAGUGGUCUUUAGUUGAAGCAUAUAAAUGGGAGUCACAGGUGUGCUUCAACGAUGGAAUACAUAAAUCAGUUUUCUUAUCACAUAAUUUUCAUCUGAUUUACUUGCAUGCAAACCUGGGAGCUGGAAGAGAGCUGAGGGUUUAAUGCCCUGGUAUACUGUUUAUAUCCUGGAAGGAACAGUCAGCACAGACAGCAUGAUGACAGGACCUUGAAGCUACCGAUACUUCCCACAUGAUGGAGAAGAACAAUAUGGUAGAACUGAAGGUAGAAAUUUACUCAUGGGUAUGGCCCAUCCUCUUGCAUAGGUACCUUUCAAGGUUCUGUUCUUGCUUAAGCACAGCUACCCAUAAAGCUAAGGCUCCAGUGAUUUUCUAAAGCACUUUUUCAAACUAAGUAAUUGCACAAAAGUGGUCUAUUGCAAUAGAGAAUAUUUGGGGAAAAAAAAACCCUUUAAGAUAAAAAUUAAGACUUAGGUCUUCAAACAAAAAAUAGAAGGAUUCUAAAUGGCAUAUAGCCAAAAAUCUCUUUGGUAAAUUAAUUCAAAUUGAGCUGAGAAUGUUUGAUUUAUUGCUGUGGGUAGUUUGACUGCAUGGCUUAACAUUCAUAUGCUACUUUUGUUUUCAUCUCCGCCUUACUGAGAUUGCUGUGCUAUGCCAAACAGCAAGUAAGCCUGGAAAAGAAUUUCUUGCUAGGAUCUACUUUGAGUCUGCAAGUCAGUAGAGGAGAUAGACCCUCCCCAUCAUGAGUGAAUCAGAAUAUACGCAUAUCAUGAGCAACAGUGAGGCUCUGAACUGGGGCUAUUUUCUGCAUGGUAGAGGUUCACAUAGUCUGUAUACAAUACUCUUCUGUAGGUGCCCUGAACAGUCUUCUAAGCUUCACUGAAGAGUUAAAAUCUGUCUUCAAGAGGUGGAAAGCUUUUUUGCUGGGUACCUAUCACACUAGACAGUCCCCCGUUCCCUACGCUAUCUCAAGCACAGAGAUUCAGGACAAAAAUUACUGCUCACAAGGAUAGAUAACUUCAUUUUAACUCCCCUGUUUGGAAGUUAUAUCUCACAAGAAUGACUGUGGACCGAAAAAAGGCCAGAAUUGCUGGAGUUCAUCAAACAAUUAAACGCACCAGCUCUGUACUUUGAAUAGAAAAUAAGACCAAGAGGAGGGAGGAGCAGCAAUGUCUGAUUUUCACAAAAACUCAAAAGCUAAAUAAGUAGGUUUACUUGGGGGAUUUCUUGCAUCCACAAAGGGCAGACUGGUGGUGAGAACUGAAGAAAUAGGACAAAUAUGGAAAAAAAUGUAUACCUUUAACUACAGUACUCAAAUGUCUCCCUGGGCAAAUUAAAAAAAACCCAACCAACCUACUUCUUCUGCAUGAAAGUUGUGAAAACACAAAAGCAAAAUAUUCUGAGAAACAUAUUUUAAAUCUCAGAUGGCAUCCUCCACUUGAGUUGGGCCUUUUUUCGUCAAAGGGGAAAGGCAGAUUUUAACUUGUCAAUCAUCCCAAAGGGCAAAAUUUCACUGCUUCUCUAGUACAACUCCAGCAGACAUUACAGGUCAUAUAUUAGCUACAAAAUAAAAAAUCCUAGAACUUCCCCUCACUUAUACUCUGAAAGUGAGCCACAGCUGUUUCUCUUACAAACAUAAAAGAUUACCUUGGUUUACAACAUAAGACACUGGGAUUUCUUCAAGGUGCUUUUAAACCAGUAUGUUGCUAACAUCGUCCCUAUCACACUUCCAGAAAUAGGAAGAAAGCACACAGAAGCAUUUGGCAGCAAGACACAAACUUGUGGUUUACAGAUAGACAGACAACCUUCCUCUGCCUUCUUUGAAACUGCGUGUGGGCCUCACUUGUUGAGUUGGGCUACUUGCAGGCAAUGUCACACAGCAUAACUACUAACAACAUGGGCUGAUUGAGCAGGUAAGUCGAGUUUCUCGAGCAGUGUACUCUCCAAAGAUUGGAAAUGGAAAGUCUCUAUUUGUCUUUAUUUUAAUUAGUCAAAAGCUGAUGAAAGCACAAACCAAUACGGCAUCCUAAUUGUUUCAUCAGUGAAAUUAUAAAUAGACUUAGACUCUUAGAAAACCUAUUGAAAUAGUAAACUAUGAAAAGCUAGGAGAAGCCUCUUGUCCAAAUUGGCUAGAGUAUUCCUCAGAGUUGUACUAGAUCCGCAGUGAAAUUUUGCCCUUUGGCAAGUUAAAAUUUGCCUUUCCCCUUUGAGGGGAAAAAGGCCCAACUCAAGUGGAGGAUACCUUUCACAGGACUCCUUUCAUCCUACUAAGCAAACAGUGAAUGGGUGUAACUCAGCAUUUGGGUGGAAACAGGCUGCUUUGGCUAGGUGCAGAAGAGAAGGCUGAAGACAUAAACACACACAUUUGAAUAUGGGAUGCAUUUUCCCCAUGCUUCAUAGAAUGCAAGGAGGUACUCUUCUCUCAAAUGCAGAUGAGAAAUAAGGUAUCAGGCUUGAUAAUACAUCCAAUCUGCUUCACAAGCAAAUGACUGAUUUUUAUUAUUUUUCAACUGCUAACAUGGAAGCAGACUUAUCUUUAGACAGAGGCAGCCAAGGAAGCAAGCACCAUGUAGAUGAACCCCUUUUCCUGUUUUCCUCAAUUUCAAAGCUUGUGUAGUGAAGAUUACUUUUUAAGAAGCGAAAAACAGCAAAAACAUUUUAUACGUCUCUUCAGUAGCCAAAGAGAAUUCAUCAGAAUCCUGGCAAUAACACCCACGUUCAAGUGUAAUUUAUGCCUGAUAAAUGAUGAAUCUACAUCAUAGCAAUUUAGGUACUCCAGCUUGGACCCCAUGAAGAUUUCCUCAGGGGAUGUGGAGAUGGGUCUCCUUAGCUAAUGCUUCCUUGGGGAAAGGCAGAGCACAGACAAAUUCAAGGGAAAGAAAAAGGUGACAGAAGAGAUUAUUUUGUAGCAUUCCUUCCUAAGCCCAGCAAAAAACCACAAAAGGAUUUUAAAGGUUUUUGGGCAGCUACUGCCUGCAGAAACCCCCACAGCAUCAAUCCAGGUAUGCUGCUAUGGUGGAAGGGGAUGGAAAAGCUAGCAGGAAGGUGUAGCUUCACUUCAUGAUUAGCCUGGGCAUCAGAGUCCACUUCAAAAAUGAAGGAACUUGUCCUGUUGGUAGAAUAAUGAAUGAUUAAAACGAUAAAAAGAAUUGCUAAAGUGCUUCUUUGCUCUUGGCUUUCAGAUGAACUUCCAAACUGGCUUUUCAUCUGCCUGGUGGGGAUGACUUGCUCAGAGAGUCAACAGAAGACAAUCCUCUAAUACUUUUUGUCUUGGCAGCCUUUUAAAGUGCAAUGUAUGUAUAAAUAAACACCAUUAUUAUCUCCAUGGAAAAAUGCCUAGCAUUCUCAGAGUUGAAAAUGCAAAUCAAUUAUGCAGUGCCUUAAUUCUACCAUCUUUAAAAUUAUAUAUUACAUUGCUUUGUGCAUCAAUUCCAAAUUAUUGGAAAGUGUCACACAUCCCAAUUCAUUAAGCUUUACUUUUAAGCAUAUUCAAGACCUUCUGAAUCAAUGUAAAGACUACACUAACCACAGAGCUUUACAGUGGACCUUAAAUUAUGAUUUUCCUAGUCUGUGUGACCAAUUUGGCAGCAAUAAAAGACUGCAUUUCCACUUCUGAUACAGGGAGCUUCACAGAUCUUUUGAAGGUCUCAGGUUGAAUUAGUAUUUGAUCGACAGUGUUUAUUUAAUAGAAAAAAAAUUCAAAGUCUUAAGGACCUUAAAAAUAGAGGGAAUUGUGAAACCCCACAGCCUUCCUGGGGUUGCAAAUCAUCUAAUGGUUCAGCAAUCAUGACAGAGUGGGAAGAUGAUAGAGCUGAUCCUCUUUUUCCCCUUUAAUUUCAAGAGCCGUGUAUUCUAGCAUAGUGAAAAAAACCUCUCAGUUAAAAAAAAAAAAAAUUAGCAUUAAAUCCAGACACAGAAAAUUUUUCUGCAAUUCUGGACACAUGAAAAGCUAGCAGAAAUUCAGUCUCCCAGGGGCCAUUAGUAGUACUUUUCUGUCUGCCAAAAAGCAGGUGCCUUUUAAGAAGGUACCACAGGACCAGGGAUGUGCUGUUGUGAUGAUACAGUCAGUAACUAUCUUAGAGCUUGUCAGACUUGGAAGGAAGGGGAACACCUGUCUGACCUCUGAGGGGUUGCCUUGUCACAAGGAACCAGCCAGCACAAGCUAGUGAUGCCUAAAUGACUUAAGGGAGAGUUACUGAAUGGAGAGCUGGCAUUGUUUGCUGAUCAGGGUGUCAAUUACUAUUGAUAAAAGUACUGGUUUACUAAUAGGGAAGUUUAACUCCUGGGUAAGUACAUGACUACCCAAAGGUCUGAUCUGCAAGAUGAACAUUAAUUAUCUUGCAAUUGGAACAAUCUAAAUACUCUAUUACAGCUUUAGGAGCCACUAGAAAGGUAUAAAUCAUUGCCAUUUGAUAACACCCUGCAGGAACAAGACAGCAGUUCCAGCUCCUGGAGUGUUGCUAUUAUUCAGAAAAUAGUGGUAGAUUCAUCUUACACCACUUAUUAGACAUUUGCAUCAAACUUUUGUCUUCCUCUCAUGCUAUUCUCCUAUUUUUAUAUUCUUUCAUGCCUUUUCUUUUCCAUCUCAUCACUAUAAUUUCCUGUUCAGCUCCUAAAAAGCCAAGCACCAGCAUGCAGUCACUACAGAACACAUGACAUCCUGUUUGAACGGCAGGAUCUUAGAGCAGGAACUAUCUCCUACUCUGCAUACAUACAGCACCCAGUAAAAAGCAGACCCAUUCUUCAACAGCCUGAAGCUGAAACUCUCAAUAAUGUCAUCAGGAGUUAUUGUGUCACAUCACCCAACCAGAGUUGUGCAGGCUAUUACUGUUAAAGCCAUCUUUACUGAAUCUUCUGUGUUUGAAGGUGUCCUGGUUGAUCUUUGCACAAUUUCUUGAACAGUAUCCCAAGAUUCUCAGUUCAGGACACUGAAAUAAAUGCUCUCUUCUACAUAGUUCUUAUUUGAAAAAGCAUAGGAAUUCUUUUUCUAAGGAGCAGCUGGAAGGAAGUUAACCAUUUCAAAGCUGCUAUUGUACAUCAUCUGAAUAUGACACUGUGACAUCAGACCUGCCCUUACAGGAAACUGGACAACUAAGGUCUCCAUCCCUACUCCAGUAGUUUCUGUAUUUUCUGCACAAACUUAAUUUAAGUCCUAAAAGCCCUCCUUUCUUUCUCUGUCCCAAAGACAAUUCAAUCUCCUUUCCAAGGUUCUGUUAAGCAAACAGAUUAAAUGUAGUACACAAGUUUCAGAAUUGUAUCUUUGGUUGAAGAUGACAUUUUUCUCUUUUAUACUUACAUUGUAUUCCCCCAGAAUAUUAAUAUACAUUGCCAUCUCAAAUACCUACUAUUCUCACAAGUAAAAAAAGCAGAUUACUUUCGAAGACUUAAUUUUACAGUUUUGCAGAGCUGAAUGUUUUAAUUGAAAAGUCUGAUUUAAAAAACUGAAUUCAACUUCCUUAUUUGCCCAUUAAAGCAUGAAGGCUUCCAUAGAAAAGACAUUUUUAAAAGCAGUAUUUGAAGGAGAAAUUUUCAAGUCUCUAGUACUUCCCACCCACCCCCACUGGAAACGGCUGGCAAGGAGAUUAUGGGAACUCCCCUUAGUUACUCAACAGUUAGCAAACCAGUUUUUCUCUUAACUGGACCGAGUCCAAUGAACACAGCAUAGUCAUAGAAGUGACACACAUAAAUGCAGGAAAGCAGUAAUUUUACUACUCGUUGUGCCCAGGUUGUUGGUGAACAAUUCCCGAGAGCAGCCCACUCCGCCAGAGCAGCAGACGCAGCUGCAGUAGCCCUGAGAGCCCGGUCUUUGGAGACAGAUGGAUGAAAGCCAAAACACCCAGUGUGCAUUGCCUGCAGUGGGGCUAGCAGCUGCACUCCUGCACUACCUGCUCAGCUAACUUCUAAGCUAUAGUAUCACCCAAAUAAUAAGACUGAUCUUAUUAGCAGGUCCUUAAUCCUCACUAACCUUCCCCUUUAACCAUUAGCUAUUAUUAAUUUAUUAAAUGUUAUCCUAACAGGCUGCAAAUUGACCAGCUACUACAGUUCCUCAUCCAGCCAUGUAUUUCAUCCAUUUCCCCCCAUCAAAACUCCACAGCCACAAUUGAUUAUGGGAAGCUUUUUCAGGAUAGCUCACCUACAACCCUGAGGUAGUGUCCUAGUCCUGCCUGGCCAUUCCUAACACUACACUAGGAUGAGUUUGAGACCUCUCUAACUUACCAGGCUGUGGCAUGCACCUGUUCAUCCUCCUUUACUGGAAGGAUUGCCAGAUGAACGUAGGGUUGAACACAACGGUAAGCCCAGGACGUGAGCAGGGGCACUUUGGGAAUCAUUUAGCUUGGCACAAACCUCUUGAGAUCACCUUGUCCAAAUCCCUGCUCAAAGCAGAAUCUGCUGGAGACAUUUUCCCAGCAUGUCAUCAGUUGGGUUUUGAAUCUGCAGAUUCCACAUCUGUAUUUUACCACUUACUGUAGAAGUGUUUUCUCCUGUUCAAAGAGAGUACCUUCAAAUCAUGCCCAUCUGUCCUUGCCAGUGGUGCUACCAAGAUUAAUCAGUCUUCAUUCCCUCCCAUCAGGGAUCAGUAGGAUAUCCCUUUCGGCCAACACAGUAAGGGAGAAGUCUUUGGGCCCAAGACCCCCCACCUCAAUGUCCAGUUUGGACUAAAACAGUACCAGUUGUUUUGCUACACUGUUGUGCAGCAAAGGCUUUUGUUUUAGCUAGAACAGAACAUGAGAACCUCCACACUGUUUGACAGGAUGAUGGAUUGUCUCUUGUAAAGCUAUCAGAAGCUGAACUUGGAAUGUCAGUGUUCCUACACACACACAUCUCCAGAAAACUGCUACAGUGUCCCAAGGCCUGUUUCACAAUUGCAGAAGGACCUUGCAAGCACACCUCAGCCAACACUGGUUCAUGACCAAUGCCAUUAGCUUCCACCACACUCGACUUACUGUAUCUCAGAGGACAUUCUUCCAUUAGCAGAAAGUACUGAAAUCUACCACUCCCAUCCUGUAGUUAAAGAAUUAAGUAAACAGGGCUGUUAAGAUUCAAUUACUGACCUAGAAACCAGGCAUUUCAUUUAUGUAAUAGUAACAUGGACAUGGCACCCUAAAUAAAACCAGUAGCUUUGAUUUCCUGAAAAUAAAACACCCCAAGCAGGGAGCAGCUAAAGUGACCGUAAAUAAGUGGUCUUCCUAGACAUUCAUCUUAACCACAGGCAACUCUCCUGGCUAAGGCAGUUUUUCAUGAUCCUUGUGGGUCCCUUCUCAGAAUAUUGGGAUAGUGCGGUAUCCCAGUGGAUAAGGUCCUCCCCUUUUCACCUUAGAUGUUUCCACAUGCAUGCUGAGCUAUAGCAGAAGAACAAAUGGGUUAAGUGUGAUUCCCAGCCUACUGAAAUUCAAGGCACUAGACUAGCUAAACCAAAACCUCUCGUCAGAUCCCUGUUCACAUUACUUACCUAUAAAAAUGAGGCUUCCAAUACUCCAGCAAUUCAGAAUCUCAAGUGAUUGUUCUGACGGUUCUGUAAAAUUCUCCUCAACCUGUGCCAUCCUAAGUAUGUCUUGCUCCAAGCUCUUAGAGCACAGGAUGAAGACUGGGUAGGAAGUGUCAGUUUGAUCAAGUAUUUUGUAGAAGGCAGAUUUAACUGCUAGGAAAUUUAGACUGCCUAAGCUUCCUGAAUCAGACUGCCAGCACACAAACAACAGUUCUAAGGAAUUCUGAAGCUGGCUAUCAAAAACACUUUUGACAAGGCUCCUCUGGAAAACUGAUAAGAGUUGUUCAUAAUCCUCAGAGCAGAGCUUUAAGAUCAGUGACCAUAAACACUUGAUUAAGUGUUCCUGAAUUCAGAUUGAACAACUGUCCUAAUUUUAGAUGCUCACUGCAAUUAUAAAUACAUCAAAGAUGACUAGAACAAUCUUUAAACAUUAGGUAACUGCUCAGCUGGGAGCAGUGAGGGUACACAGAGGCAGGAGCCAAUGCUUUGUUUAAAGGCAGCAGAAUCCCCAAACAAGAUAACCACACAGCAGAUGUACAGUUAAAGCAGUUGUUGCCAGGAGAGUAGAGAGGCAAUGGGGCACGAGCAGCCUCUGGCAUUCUUUGAGUUCUUGGAUUUGUCCUUGGUAGAAACCAGAUUUGUCUUCCACCUUAAGAAAAAAAAUUAAACCUUGACAAAGAACUAGAAGCACAGUCGUGCUCAGUAACAAAUGAGGAAGAGAAUGUUCUCCUGUAUUUUGAGCUGACUGCAUCCUGAAUGGCAACUCAGAUAUGGCAGUUUCAGAAAAGCCCAAGUGUGAGACUAAGUCACCCCAAUGUAGCAGCUGACAGGGAAUAAACUCCAAAAUAAUUAAAAGAAAGCAAACAGGUUUAGUUGUCUGAACAAGGAAUUUUAAUUUUAGGUCAACUAUUGAACUAGGUCAACAUCCAGUUCACAAUGUCUACAGAUAGUGGGCAUAGCCAGUCACUACGGUAAGUUUAUUGAAGCACCAAGCUCCACACAAGACUGUAAAAUACAUUUUAAACUACUAGUAAGAAAGCUUCUUCAAGUCAACAAUACUAUUAAGGGCCAGAGUUUAAGGACUAAGUUUUCACCUUCCAAGCUAUUUUAAGACAGCCAAUCCAUUGCAUAAGCAAACCAAACUGCUACAUACUGAAA